AUGUCCCGGUCCACUUCGACGAACUACUCGAGGCAGCGUACUUUGUCCUCUCCUGUGGCGACCGGGCGGCCAACUUUGACUCGGUCUGUGACGUUUAAACGGAUGACGGUGACGGUGGGCGGGGGGAUCAAGGAGGGGGAGGGGAGGAACGCGUGGCAGCUGCUGUUUGAUCGAAAGCUGCUGCUGCUGAUUCCGCUGCUCUUCUACUCGGGACUGCAAGCGGCUUAUAUCAGUGCUGACUUCACACGCUAUGUGGUGCAGCCGCUGCUGGGAGCGCAGUGGAUGGGCGGAGCCAUGAUGGUCUUUGGAGUCGCCAUUGCCGUUUGUUGUUUCAUCGCAGUUCGCUUCGCCAAGGGGCUCUCAUCGAUUCGCCUCAUGCUGCUGCUGGGUGCUGCCUCGCAGACAGCCGUUCUCAUCCUCACAUGGCUCUUUCAGGACAGAGCCAUGUCCAAGCCAGCAGCAUUCGCGCUGGUGUUCAGCUGUGCACUGCUGUGGGGAAUCGGCGCCACCGCGUUUCAGUCCCAAAUCACUGCGCUCCUGCCGUUGCAUACCUCCUCCUCCCCUCUCUCUCACUCACACUCCUCUCAUCCUCCUUCCAUGCUCGCACCUCUCACUUCUUCUUCCAACAUCUAUCAAUCUCUUUCCUCUCCUCUUCCAUAUCUUCCUCCCACAAUCUCCCCUCUGCACCGCAUUGAACACUCCAUGACCACACCCGUACGUGCAUUGAAUCACUCAGAGCACUGCUGCCUGCUGUCUCCAUCUGCUUCCUCGUGUGCCCUCUCUCUCAAACCCGUUUCCCCUUUCAACCUUCCCAUUGCCACGCCUUGA